UAAUGCACUAGAUCCGUGUGGAUUUAACAACUAACGUGUCAACAUUUAUUUCGGUGUUUUCUAAUAGUGUUUACAUGUUAUGUCAUUGACAUUAGCCUCAUCGGUUUGUUGUGAUGUUUUAAAGUUCCGUAAACGUACACAUAUACAAACAAGUUGCCAAUGCGAAGAGAGAAUAUGAGAUGAAUCUUGGCAUUACAUAGCCUGCUGUUUGGUUCCAUCAACUGUAUAACCCUGAUAACUGUAUAAGACCAUGGCUAACGAUGACCAAAUCGAAGAACUUGAGGCUCUCAGAGCCAUCUACGAUACUGAGUUUACAGAGCUGACGUCAAAUCCGCCCUGUUUUAUGAUAAAACUAACAGACUUAACGGUGCAACUUGCUGGCCAGGUGAAUAUAAAGUUCACAUUGCCAAAUGGUUAUCCUGCUGAAAUGCCGAUAUUUGAACUGCCCAUGAGGUCAAGGGUAUUGACGUCUGACCAGGUGUCUUCUAUACUACAGGAACUCAGAGUUUGUGCGGAGGAAAACGUAGGUAUGCCUAUGAUAUACAGCCUCGUGGACGCUGCCCAACACUGGAUCAAUGAGAACGUCUCUGAGGUCACGGAUACUGUCAAGGAGGAAGAGGACGAGAUCGAGGAUGUGACCAUACACACAGUCAAGCUGGAGGAGCCCAAGGUCAGCGGCGGCAGAUGGGAAUACGUCAUCGGGCUCGUGGGAAAACCUUCGGCAGGAAAAUCAACGUUUUUCAAUGCAGCCACAACAGUCGACCUAGCCAAGACCGGAGCACACCCCUUCACCACUAUAGAACCAAAUAUUGGUAAAGCGUUUUACUCCAUAGACUGUCCGUGUGACCGGCUGGACAAGCUGUGUGACGCAGCACAUGGUCAUAACUUCCGGGGAAAGCGACACGUGCCAGUGUUGUUAAAGGAUGUGGCAGGAUUGGUCCCGGGGGCAUGGGAGGGCAAGGGACGAGGCAACAAAUUCCUCAACGAUCUAUUGGACGCCGAUGUGCUGAUCCAUGUGAUUGACGCCUCCGGAACGACCAAUGAGAAGGGAGAAGAGACUCAGGGAUAUGAUCCAGCCAAUGACAUUCGUUGGCUCCAACAGGAAAUUCAUCAGUGGAUUUUUCAAAACGUCUGGAGUAGAUGGGACUCUAUCACCAAGCGUCCCUCCAAACUGAUCGACAUGUUUACGGGUUACCAUGCCAACAGAGCCACCAUACAUUCUGCCUUACAUAACGCUGGUAUAGGAGACAGGGAGCUUGGUGCAAUAGCUGGAUGGAAGGAGUCGGUAUUACAUCAGAUUGUGGACCACUUUCUUCGACUCCGGUUCCCCAUGUUACUAGUCCUCAAUAAGGCAGACAAACCCGAGGCCAACACUAUUAUACAAAGAAUUCAGACAGAUAUGGAUGGAUUGAAAUCUAUAGCGGUUAGUGCAAGGACGGAAUGUUUGCUGCAGAAGUUGUCAAAAGAGGGCGUCGUGCAAUACGAUUACGGAAAUGGUGAAUUCCAGGUGGUCAGUGACACCCAGCGGACAAUAGCGGAACUACAACAGGUCUCAACGGCCAUCUUCAAAAGAUAUGGGUCGACAAACGUCCACGAAGCCCUGUGUGAGGCGGUCAGACUGCGGCCACCGACAUACGCCUUUCCUGUACACUGUCUGGACACACUGCGCUCUGUGGGUCGCUCUCCCCGCGAGGCAGUUUUACGCGACUGUGUAUCCCUCCGGCCUGGGACUCGAGUGGAGGAGUUACAUACAGUCCUGUGUCAUUACCCGAUAAAUCUACUGUCCGGGGACUUCGUUAGAGCAGAGACGAUGACAGAAGACAGAAAGCUGAAGCCAUUACGGAAGGACGAGGUGAUCACGCAGUGUAACAACAUAAUAAAAAUAAUGACAAACAGACGUACCUCCUAACCCACAGUGUAACGACGUGAUACAGAUACUGACAGACAGACGUACCUCAUAACCCACAGUGUAAGGACGUAAUACAGAUAAUGACAGACAGACGUACCUCAUAACCCACAGUGUAACGACGUAAUACAGAUAAUGACAGACAGACGUACCUCAUAACCCACAGUGUAACGACGUAAUACAGAUAAUGACAAAAAUACUUAAAUUACAGCUUUAUUGUAAUAAAGUUUUAUUUUACAUU